AGGAGGCUGUCGGGAGAGUGGGUUUCUUUCGAGCCUCCCCGGCUUUGCUGGGGCUGCCAUUGGCCUGGCGUCACUGCAGAACUGAGGUCGCCAGAUGAUGAUGUUGUGAAGUCGGCCGGCUGUCCCUGCCACGCCCGGGCGGUUACUGGCAGCGGCGGCAGCUUUGGCUGCUGCUCUCAGGCUGCCGCCGCUCUAGAGCCUUCUCUCCGAAGGAGCGCUGGCGGACGACGGAGGACGCCGGGCCAUUCGGGUCAUGACUGUCCAAGGUAUGAUAAUCACAUGAGAGCACCCAUUGCUACAGAUGUCAUUUGACUCAUCAAGAGAAAAUCUAUAUAAAAGAAAAUAUCCAUAUGACCAAAUCCAUUUCUUUAUUGAAUGGCUUGAUGGAUUUCCUUUACUCUGAUUCAUACCAAAGCUGUCCUCCUCAACCAAAGCAAGAAAGAAUCCUGCAUGAAUCAGUCCCAGAAUGCCAUUUUUAUGUCACCAACAGGUGAAGAAAACCUCAUGAAUAGCAAUCACAGAGACUCGGAAAGCAUCACUGAUGUCUGCUCCAGUGAUGAUCUCCCUGAAGUUGAGCUGGUGAAUCUGCUAGAAGAACAGCUACCACAGUAUAGGCUAAAAGUAGACUCUCUUUUUCUGUAUGAAAAUCAAGACUGGACUCAGUCCCCACACCAGCAGCAACAUGCAUCUGAUGCCCUCUCUCCAGUCCUUGCUGAAGAGACUUUCCAUUAUAUGAUUCUAGGCACAGACAGAGUGGAGCAGAUGACCAAAACUUACAAUGACAUCGACAUGGUUACACAUCUCCUGGCAGAGAGAGAUCGUGAUCUGGAACUUGCUGCUCGAAUUGGACAAGCUCUCUUAAAACGAAACCAUAUCUUAUCUGAGCAGAAUGAAGCCCUGGAGGAGCAGUUAGGACAAGCCUUUGAUCAAGUUAAUCAGCUGCAGCAUGAGCUAUCCAAGAAAGAUGAGUUACUUCGAAUUGUCUCCAUCGCUUCUGAAGAAAGUGAAACUGAUUCCAGCUGUUCUACACCUCUUAGGUUCAAUGAAUCCUUUAGCUUAUCUCAAGGUUUACUGCAAUUGGACAUGCUGCAAGAAAAGCUCAAGGAACUGGAAGAAGAGAAUAUGGCUCUUCGAUCAAAGGCUUGUCACAUAAAGACAGAAACUAUCACCUAUGAAGAGAAGGAACAACAGCUUGUCAAUGACUGUGUUAAAGAACUUCGUGAAACAAAUGCUCAGAUGUCCAGAAUGACUGAAGAAUUGUCAGGGAAGAGUGAUGAACUGAUUAAAUACCAAGAAGAGAUCUCCUCUCUCUUGUCUCAAAUUGUAGAUCUUCAGCACAAACUUAAAGAACAUGUGAUUGAGAAGGAAGAACUAAGACUUCACCUACAAGCUUCCAAAGAUGCCCAACGACAACUGACAAUGGAGCUACAUGAAUUACAAGACAGGAAUAUGGAGUGCCUGGGAAUGUUACAUGAAUCCCAAGAAGAAAUAAAGGAGCUUCGUAGUAAAUCUGGCCCUACUGCUCAUCUCUACUUAUCCCAGUCAUAUGGAGCUUUUGCUGGAGAAUCUUUGGCAGCUGAGAUUGAGGGGACCAUGCGUAAAAAGUUGAAUUUGGACGAAGAAUCUUCUCUCUUUAAACAAAAAGCCCAACAGAAACGGGUAUUUGAUACUGUCAAAGUUGCCAAUGACACACGAGGCCGAUCUGUCUCAUUCCCAGCUCUGCUGCCCAUCCCAGGCUCCAACCGUUCCAGUGUCAUCAUGACAGCAAAACUCUUUGAGUCUGGUUUACAGCAAACAGAGGAUGAAAUACUCCCCAACCAGGGGAGCAACUCGGAGCAGGUUCCAAGGAACUCCCAGGUGACAGACCAUCCAGGACCGUCUGGAGAGAGUGAUUUGGCUACAGCACUGCAUCGCCUUAGCCUGCGUCGACAGAACUAUUUAAGUGAAAAGCAGUUCUUUGCUGAAGAAUGGGAGCGAAGGAUCCAGGUUCUGGCUGACCAGAAGGAAAGAGCUAGUGGCUGCAUCACCCCCACAGAGAGCCUCGCCUCCCUCUGCACCAACCAGUCAGAGUUCACAGAUUUCAGCAGUGCCAGUUGCCUUCGAGGCUUUAUGCCAGAAAAAUUACAAAUUGUCAAGCCGCUGGAAGGAUCACAGACUCUGCAUCAUUGGCAGCAGCUUGCUCAACCAAACUUGGGAACAAUUCUUGAUCCCCGACCAGGUGUCAUUACUAAAGGCUUUACCCAGUUGCCCAAGGAUGCCAUCUAUCACAUCACAGAUUUAGAAGAGGAUGAAGAGGAGGGUAUCACUUUUCAGGUUCAGCAGCCUCUUCAAGUGGAACAGAAACCUGCAAUAUCCAAGCCAGUAACAGGGAUCUUCCUACCGUCCAUUACUUCAGCAAGUGGGCCAGUUACAGUUGCAACUUCAAACCCAGGCAAGUGUCUGUCAGGCACAAACUCGACAUUCACCUUCACCACUUGUAGGAUAUUGCAUCCCUCUGACAUCACUCAGGUUACCCCCAGCUCUGGGUUCCCUUCAUUAUCCUGUGGAAGUAGUGGUAGCAGUUCAUCAAACACAGCUGUGAAUUCUCCUGCCAUGUCCUAUAGACUCAGCAUUGGUGAAUCCAUCACCAACCGACGAGAUUCUACCAUAACCUUCAGUAGCACCAUGAGUUUGGCCAAACUUCUACAAGAGCGAGGCAUCUCUGCCAAAGUGUACCACAGCCCAAUUUCAGAGAACCCCCUCUUCCAGCCGCUCCCUAAAUCCCUAGCCAUCCCUUCCACACCACCAAAUUCACCAUCUCACUCACCUUGCCCUUCUCCUUUGCCCUUUGAGCCUCGAGUACAUCUCUCUGAAAAUUUUUUGGCCUCCCGACCAGCUGAAACAUUCCUCCAAGAGAUGUAUGGCCUGAGGCCCUCCCGGAACCCUCCUGACAUUGGCCAGUUGAAGAUGAAUUUAGUGGACAGGCUGAAGAGACUGGGGAUAGCCAGAGUGAUCAAGGCCCCUGACGCCAAGGAGAAUGGAAGAAGCCAAGAGGCAGAAACUGGUCUUCAAAAACAAGAUUCUGCUGUUUAUUUGAAUGCACCUAGCAAUUUAUUAGGUGGACUCAGGAGGAAUCAGAGUCUUCCAGUCAUGAUGGGUAGCUUUGGUGCCCCAGUUUGCACAUCCUCACCCAAAAUGGAUCUCCUGAAGGAGGACUGAGGUCAGCGGUCAGCCGAGCUCCUGUCCAGAUCAGCGCAUGAAGGGUCGAUAUGCACGGAUGCAUGUGGUCUGGUCUGACGAGAGAAAAGGAAUGUCGCAGAAGGGUUGUGAAUGUGGAAAGUGGGACGUGAAAGAAUGGAAACAAAAUUGGGAUGAGGUCCUAAUGGAUGAAGUCUCAUAAAUCGAAAGUAUAAAUGAAUGGGCUGUGAGUGUUUGGAGGCAGAAAAGGAAGAAAGGUUUAAUACACUCCUUCAGUUGAGUUUUCUUGCCUUGAAAAUAAAAAGUGAAUAGAAAAUAAAUUCAGUAAUAUUGAAACAAACCACAGAUACGGAACUUGCUGGCACAUUUACUUCUGGUGAGCAUGGACAAGGGAAACCCAGUAUGUGAAAUGGCAAAGUGAGACUCUGGGAUUAGGUUUCAGCGUUCAGCAGUGUGACACAAAGGUAUAAAUUGGAAAGAAACAUCUGUCUUCUGAGUGUUGCUGAUCAAGGUCUGCUUCUCAUCAGAUAACCUGGUUUUGUCUAAGCAGGGCAGGUCAGAAGGAAAUGCCGUUAUACGAAAGGCAUGACAGAAGGAAGGUGAGAGAGGGAAGGAACUAAUAAGUUUGUUUAUGAAAAUGGGAAGCAUAUUACUUGAUCGUUUUGGUGCUUUGUUUGCAAAUGUUUUGCUCCUUUGUCCUGACUUAAAAGCAAUUUUCUGAAGAAUUCUUGACUCUUGCUCAUGUGGUUCCCAUUGGCACCCCUUUUCCCAGGCCAGAGGGGGGUCUUUGCUUUUGAGGUGCCUCCCCUACAUGAAGAGCUGUGUGCUCAAAAUGGUAGAAAAACCAUCCAUGCAUUAGUAAGAACGUGUGUUUUCCAUAACUUUCUCAAAAACAAAGGGUGAAAAUGUCUUCUCCCUUUCUCUCCCCUUCAGUCAGGCAUGCUGAGGUCGACAGUGUGCAUGUAAACUUUCAGAAAGAGUUCCAGAAGCUUCAUAAGGAAAUGCAAGUGUCCCUGAAUACAGUGGGCAUUAAAUAGAAGAAUUCCUGAUGUUUAUAUUUCUGAAAUGUUCAGUUCACUUUUUUAAAAAUGCAUUUGAAUAUCUAUUUCAUAAAGUGACUCUGGUGUGCUUACUUUAGCCAACUCUUAAGGCUUUUUAUUCCCUAAGAAAAUAAUCUUCCUGUUGCCUGGACAUUCACAGUUUCUAAGAAAUAUCAGGAAGUAGGAAAAUGUAGGACCAGAGAUUAGUACAAAGUUAAAUUAUCAGAUUUAUGUGCAUUAUAUAAAUGGCUAUAAAUUAAACUAGACUUUUAGUGUUCUGUAUUGGUAUAAUUUGUAUACUUUUUUAUAAUCAAUGAGUAAAUGAUCACUUUAGAGGCAGAGUCAGGGCAUACUAGCAGCCAAAUAAGCACAUCUGAUUUAAGAGAACCAGGCUUAGGUUUUUGAAAAUUAGAUUUAUGUUGAUAUUCCCCCAGAAACACAAUUGCAUACUGGUGCAUUCUUGUCUCUAGAAAUGAAUCCUGUCUUAAAACUGGGUUUUGCUAUUUUUCAAGUUUCCACCUAAAAUCAUUUUUGGUAUAUCCUGAGACUCUAUUAUAACAGAAUUGUCUGCAAAGUAUAGUAAAAAGAACUGGAGCCUUAUAGCAAGUUCCUCCUAAUUAACCUGUUAUGUUUUGGUACUAUUCACAUUUUAGUUUUUUCUAUAAUAUCAACUGUAUAUGUACUUUCAUGCCAGUAUAGGAAACCUCAAUCUUUUUUUUUUUUUCUUUCAAGGUUUUCAGUGGUUAUACCUCAGGUAUUUCUGAGUAUCUUAUUAUCUAGUAGGAGAGUUAUCUUCUUGAGCUCAGAAUUAAAAGUUCUCCUGAAUUAUGAAGAUCUCAGAUCUUAUGUAAAUAGCCUUAGAUGUGGAUCUUUAGGGAGAAGUUAAUGACCAUUGUUAAAGUACUUUUUCAGAAAGUUUUAUAUAUUAAUUGAUCUGACACAAAUGAACAGAUGUUGACAAGGGAGGAAAUAAGAAAAAGCAACUCACAACAAGAGCCUAUUCUCUGUGAAAGGUACAUUUUACACAGUAUUCAAAGCUUGCUAUUAUUUUUCUGAUCAUUUCAGUACAUAAUCAGUACUUGGUUGUUGCUAACAUCAACUUUUGACAUCUGGAACUAAGGCUCUUAGUGUUUGGUGGGGCCGCUUCUCUGAUGUCAGAUGCAUGCAGACCUGUCCUCCAUGUGCAACACAACCGCAGCACAGCAUGGUGGCUGAGUGGUCGCAUUGCAGAGCACAGUCACCUAGGAGUGGGCACAAGUUGCCCUCUGGGACAGCCAGGGAAAUGCUACUGUUUGAUAUCUUAGAUUUAACUUUGUCAAACAGCUCUUUGUGCACCUACUUUUGUUUUGUCAAAUGUAAAUCAGUUAAUAAACAUGAGUAGCUUC